UACCUGUGCUCAAACCCUCUGCUGUGCUGAUAUCAUCUCAUGUUUCCAUUAUUUCAAUGCUAUCUUGAUUGGCUUCAAUCAGGACAGUGUCCAAUAUUGAAUGUCAGCUGCAUCAUCAAAGACCUUCCCUCCAUCAUAAGGUCAGAUAUGAUUACUUGUAAUAUUUUCAGAACCCUUCCUCCAAGCGACAAUCCAGAUUUUGAUCCAGAAGAGGAUGAGCCAUCUUUAGAGGCAGCAUGGCCUCACAUGCAGAUCGUGUAUGAAUUUUUUCUGCGAUUUCUGGAAUGCCCAGACUUCCAACCUAGUAUUGCAAAAAGAUUCAUUGAUCAGAAAUUUGUACUUCAGCUUUUGGAGUUGUUUGACAGUGAGGAUCCACGAGAACGGGAUUUUUUGAAAACAGUUCUGCAUCGUAUUUAUGGAAAGUUCCUUGGAUUGCGUGCAUUCAUCAGGAAACAGAUCAACAACAUUUUUCUACGGUUCAUAUAUGAAACUGACCACUUUAAUGGAGUUGCAGAACUGUUGGAGAUUCUAGGAAGUAUUAUUAAUGGAUUUGCACUGCCAUUGAAAGCAGAACAUAAGCAAUUUCUUAUGAAGGUGCUCAUUCCCCUUCACACUGCUAAAGGCUUAGCUCUGUUUCAUGCACAGUUAGCUUAUUGUGUGGUACAGUUCUUGGAAAAAGAUGCCACUCUUACAGAACCAGUUAUUAGAGGAUUAUUAAAAUUUUGGCCAAAAACUGUCAGUCAAAAAGAGGUUAUGUACUUGGGUGAAGUAGAAGAAAUUUUGGAUGUGAUAGAACCUUCUCAGUUCAAAAAGAUCCAAGAACCUUUGUUCAAGCAAAUAGCCAAGUGUGUAUCAAAUCCACACUUCCAGGUCGCAGAAAGAGCUUUGUAUUUCUGGAAUAAUGAGUACAUACUUAGCCUAAUAGAAGAUAAUUCUGAGAAAAUUCUACCAAUUAUGUUUGGUAGUUUGUACAGGAUCUCCAAGGAACACUGGAACCCAACCAUUGUAGCACUCGUUUAUAACGUACUAAAAACCUUAAUGGAAAUGAAUGGGUCACUGUUCGAUGAACUUACAGCAUCUUACAAAGCAGAAAGACAGCGCGAAAAGAAGAAAGAACAGGAGCGUGAAGAGCUUUGGAAGAAUCUUGAAGAGUUACAGCUCCAGAGAAGCCAGGCACUUUCUGGCAGCUUGCAGAUCCAUACCAACAAUGUGGAAAAUGCUCAGAGCAGUAAAUCAAGUGCCAAAUAACCAAAAUCAGCGGUUGGUGUACAGUUACAGGCUAUGAGUGAUGGAGCAUUUCAUACAUGUUUUGGAAUAUGUGUGGGGAAAAUGCACACACAAGGAAAACCUUCAGCAGUAUACUUCCAAAAAAGACCUACUUUUUUGAUGAGCUGUAAAUUAUGUCAAAAGGAAAGAAUAUGAACUUUGAACAUUACUGUGUGACCACAUGAUAUUUGUAACUUUGUCUGAUCAUGAAUUUAUUACGUCACUUUUUAGAAUUCAGAGGAUAAAUGAAUUUAUCAUUUGUGACCAGAGUGAAAAUAAUUGAGUGGUGAAAUUAAGACUUGAAAAAUUUUUUUGAUUGUGCUGCACAUUGAAAAUUAGUCAGCUAUUUAAAUAUAGAUUUUUCCUAUUUUAUAUGUGCUUCUCACAAUGCUACAGACCUCAAGUAACUUGAAAGGGAGUGAGUUAUGCAUACACAGCAAGCAUUAGAAAUUCAAGGAUAAAAUAUUGUAUGUUUUUUUUUCUCUUCAACUAGUCUUUCUGAUGCCUGUGCCAGAGAACCAUUCCAUUCUGUAAACCUAUGGCAGUGUGAAGCUCUUUUGUAAUAAAACAACUUAUUUGAGGUUUUGAGCAACAUUCAAUAAAGUCUACAUAAUAUUUGUA